AUGUCUUCUGAUCUUCAAAGUCUUCCUGCCGAGAUUCAACUCGAAAUCGUUUCUCAACUUCCGCACCACAAUCUCGCUCAAUUGGCUCGUACCUCCAAAUUUCUAAACGAAAUCGUCAUACCACUGAUUUGGACCUAUAUUGAAUUUCAUUUGGUCGGCUACCAUGAGUCCUCCUGUGAAUUAAAGGUCCCUCCUCCAGUUCGCAGCCCCAGCAGUCGGAAAUGCCAUCCCGAUGAGGCGUACAACGAGGGUGAAAGAAAAGCAGAGGCCUUUUUCAAUAUAUUGCAGACUCUGCAUGCAGAGAAUCCUCAACGUCUAAAGUGCAUUACAAAGCGCAUCAAGCAUUUAUGUACCCCUAUGGACCCCGGAUGGGAGCCACGGACUCCAAAUUACCAAAGUAUCUACCUGAGCGCUAUUCGGGUUUGGCAUCUUCUACCAUACAUGACCAACCUGGAGUCUUUGGAAAUCCACGGUAAAGCUUUCUGCGGCCUUGAUCGGGCGGACGCAGAGGAUCCGGUGAAAGAAAUCCGAGGUCCUACCCCUAGGCUUCGAUUUGCAAAGCUCUCGGGUUAUUUACCUAGAGCUAUGCCUGAAUGGGUCCUCAAGGCUGGUGAUACUCUUGAGCGCUUGGAGUUUGCCAUGUUGGACCGUCCGAUUUCCUCAUCCAACACUUCAAAUCCGAGCUACACCCCCCUUGCUCAUGAAAAGUUGACGAAAGAAAAAGAUGAUGAUGACGAUGAUGGCGAGGAUAGCGAGGCGGAUUCCGACGACGAAUCAGACUGGGGCAGUCUCAGGGGUGAGGCUGUCAUCCCUCGUCCGUUGGGUGGCUAUUUGGCAUCAUUUCAAGAUCAAGAAAAAGAGCUAAAGUUGCCUAAACUCACUCAUCUCUACCUUUGUCAGCCAGCAGAAUCGGACUACGAAGACAGCUUUGAUGAAUACACAUGGUCCAAGCGAGCUGAAAAAGCCUGCUACGGUGAUUGGCGCCAGAUCCUCCGAGCUUCCUUACCAACACUGAAAACACUUGUCCUCGAGCAGCGUCCUGCGGCGGACUACAUCGAGAACGAUGGGCUAUCCGAGAUGGAAUGGAUGGAAAAAAGGACUACACCAGCAGCUAGCAGAAAUCUGCUCAAGAUGUUGGGGAAGGUGAUAGAAAAUAGCCAGAGUCCUCUUCAGCAAGUGUACUUAUAUGGUAUUUUCGUUGGUUUGCUCGAAGAAGAUGAAGGGAUGCCUGAUCCGGCGGAGCCUUCAGGUCGUUUUAUGCAGUUCUUGCAAGGUUGCGGUAUUGAGUGUGAGGCUAGAGUUGGGCAGUGGUGUUUCUUUAAUGACGACGAUGGUGAGGCGAUGUGGGACGCUGGCUGCGAUAGUCAAGAUGAAAUGGAGGCUGGAGAUGAGUCGAUGAGGUGGGACGAUGUGUUAUGCAUUGUCUAG